CUGAUACCUGUUAUUUGCAAUUUAUAGUCAGAGGCAGUCAUACCGCUCACAUACGCUCUGGUUUGACUCACUUUCCGGGGCCGAAAUAUUCAUUUAUGCUACGCGCGCCUUCUCGUUGCGCUCGAAUUCUCCAGCCUACACUCCGUACAACGCAUUCACUGCACACUCGGGCUAUGCCGGUCACCGUGAUGGCACGCCCUGCCGAAGUCGACACUUCACUCCUAAAGAAUCUGAAAUACAUCGACAUCGGUGUCAAUCUCACGGACCCUGUUUUUCGAGGGAAAUACCAUGGCAAGAAGAAGCACGAGGAUGACCUGGAGCACAUGCUUGAACGCGCGCGCAAAGCGGGCGUCAAAAGCAUGAUCAUCACUGGAACAAGCCUUCGCGAAUCUCGCGAAGCGCUCAAACUAGCCAAAGAACUAGGCAAUUCUCCAAACUUCAUCCAUGUCUCAAACUUACUGAUUUUCUUCAAGGGUGGUCCGGACGCGUAUCUCCAAGCUCUGGAUGAGUUGAUAGCGGGUAACCUGAAAGGCAAAGGGCGCGUUGUUGCCCUUGGCGAAUGUGGUCUAGACUACGACCGACUCCAUUUCGCAAGCCAGGAAGUGCAGCAGAAGCAUUUCCGCUCGCAGCUGUCCCUGGCCAAAAAGCAUCAACUGCCGCUUUUCCUGCAUUCCCGAGCAGCUCAUGGCGACUUUGUGCGCAUCCUUCGCGAAGAAGGCUUCGGCGAUGCUUCCGGGAAAUUCGGCGUGGUCCACAGCUUCACCGGAUCUCUUGCCGAGGCUGCUGAGUUGAUGACGAUGGGCUUCCAUCUCAGCAUAAAUGGCUGCUCACUCAAAACCGAAGAAAACCUGAAGGCUGCGGCUACCAUUCGCUCGGACAGGAUACUGCUCGAAACAGAUGCGCCGUGGUGCAGCAUGACUGGGGGACACGCGUCGAAAGAACAACUCUCGUCUCUUCCCCAAGCCAUGCGAGACUUGUAUCUGGCUCCCUCUGUCAAACCAGAAAGCUUCGUUGCAGGCAAAGCCGUCAAGGGCAGAAACGAGCCCUGCGCUACUGGCGCAGUGGCCUGGGCGAUGCACAAAUUGUUGAACGUGCCUUUGGAGAAGGUAGCUGAGAAGGCUUUUAAAAACACUUUGGAUCUCUUCGGCCUAGAGGAAGAUGAACUCGACUUUUGA